AUGGCAAUUCUGAACCACUGUCUCUCAGUGACCUCCACAGCAACACCCAUCUCCCCAGACUCAGCAACUCCACCUGUACCAGACCCAAGACAGACCAAGAUCCUAUUGCCCAAGAAGAAGCCCAUGAAAUGGUCCACUGGGGUAGCUCCAGGGGAGUAUGGUGGCCCACCAACCACAACCAAGCUCCGAAAGUACUGGGGAGGAGAAGAUGACCCUCUUACCUCUGAUGAUUUCAUUUGGAACAGAGAAUUCAUGGACCGCAUGAAAAAACUCAUUCAGGACCCUGACUCUUCCACUCAAGCCACUACUGUUCAGGAAAAGCCUUCUGGGUUUCUUAGCUUGAAUAGAGUCAUGACUCUUGACAGUUUAGAAGUUGAUUUCAGCAAAGAACUCACUGCUGCCCCUGCCCAGCCCAAGAUAGAACCUGUUGAGGCUCCAGCACAAAGUGCCAGCAGCACUAGAAUCAAAUGGAAAUUGGCACCAACACGGCGUGAGCAAGAUAAGUGGGAUAGAGCAACUAAGGCUGCAACUGGAGGCAGUGAAGUGAUGUUUCGGGAAUUAAGGCGCUCUCGGGAGGACCCAAAAGUAUUGGCUGAACAGUAUAGGAAACAGUAUUUUAAGUUAAAGAAGAGGUUGCAAUUCCUUACACUAGGUUUAGGCGGUGUUGGGUUAGUCUCAGCUUAUGUUUCAUAUUCCCCUGAAAUUGCAGCUAGCUAUGGUGUUGGGUUGCUUGGUUCUGUGGCUUACAUGCGUAUGCUGGGGAGUAGCGUGGAUUCCAUGGCAGAUGGAGCAAGGGGACUUCUCAAGGGAGCGAUUGGGCAACCGAGGCUGUUGGUUCCUGUUGUACUAGUCAUGAUCUUUAACAGGUGGAAUGGGCUCGUCGUUCCACAAUAUGGAUUUAUGCAACUGGAAUUGAUACCAAUGUUAGUGGGAUUCUUCACAUACAAGAUUGCUACUUUUAUCCAAGCUAUAGAGGAAGCACUUCCUGUAGCUGAGAAAACAGACACAAGUUCAAGCUAA